AUGAGCGCUAUGGAGAAAUUCGAUGUCGCAGUUGUUGGGCUUGGUGUCCUUGGAAGUGCCGCUUCAUACUACGCCGCUCGGAAAGGUGCCAAAGUCAUCGCAUUUGAACAAUUCGAAUUUGGUCAUGUUCGCGGUGCCUCUCACGAUACAUCGCGAAUUGUCAGAACUUCCAACGACGCCCCCGAGUAUGUCGCCCUCGCCAAAUCAGCGUAUGAGGACUGGGCCGACGCGGAGAAGGCAUGCGGUCAAAAAUUAUUGACUAUAACCGGUGGUGUUGUCUUUUUUACCGAAGAUUCCCCCAGCAAGGCUAGUCACUUCACUGGAAGCUUGGAGGCUCAUGGCGUUCCAUACGAGCUUCUCAACGCCGAAGAAGUCAACAAACGGUGGCCACAGUUCGGGAUCUCGGGCUCGGUCCAGGCAGUGUACACGCCUGACACGGGAAUUGCUCAUGCGGCCAAGUCAGUCAGUGCAUUUCAAUAUCUGGCUCGGUCGCAAGGAGCCACAUUAAGAGACAACACCCGAGUCGAGCGCAUUACUCCAACUUCCGCCGGGAAGAUUAUAGAUACAUCAAAGGGCUCUUUCCUCGCGACCAAGGUGAUAUUGGCUACGGACGCAUGGGCAAAUGAACUCCUUGGUCCUCUCGGUGUCCACAUCCCACUCUCUGUCAUGCAGGAACAGGUGACAUAUUUCAAGCCCUCUGAUCCUGCUCUCUUCGAGUCCGAUCGCUUCCCCGUGUGGAUCUGCAGAGGUGAUAAGUCCUUCUACGGCUUCCCAUGCUACGGUGAGCCGACCAUCAAGGCCGGACGGGAUGUCUCGAACAACUUCAUGACGCCAGCGCAGCGGACAUACGUGCACUCGCCUGAGCUGUUCGACCAAUUGACGUCGUUCAUGAAGGCUUUUAUUCCUGAUGAAGGUCGCCAACCACUCCGCACCAUCACGUGUCAGUACACCAUCACGCCCGAUCGGCAAUUCAUCAUCAGUCCUCUGAAACGGCAUCCUGAUGUUAUACUCGGACUGGGAGCUGCUCAUGCCUUCAAAUUCGCCCCGGCUUUUGGCCGUGCGUUGGCGGACUUGGCAGUUGAUGGGAAGACCAAGGAAGAUAUUUCGAAGUUUGGAAUUCCGAAAGUGGCCACUGAUACUAGCAAGAUCUGA